CUCAUUACACGCUGCCAGCCGCUUUCGUGCCAGUCGUGUGACUAACAAAAGCGGAGGUGGUGAUGCGUUCAAACAAUUUAGGCGAUCCUAAAUCCCAACUUCCUAAAAUCCAACGUUCCAACUUGCGAUCCUUGUCGCGUCACUCUGCUUGUCGGCGGAGUUAAUGAUUUAAUACGUUCGCUACCACGGUCUUUGGAGGACUCCUCUCUCUUCGCAGAGUCCAUCUAUUAGAAUUCAUGAUGGAAAAGAAGCAAUUGCGAGCGAUAUUCUUGUACGAGUCCAAACUAGGCCAUAAAGUAGCAGAGGCGACUCGUAACAUCAACAGCGCAUUCGGCCAGGGAACCGCAAACGAACGUAUGAGAAAACGUUGGUUUCAAAAAUUUCGGAAUGGCGAUGAGAGCCUUGAAGAUGAAGAAGGUCGCGGACGUUCAUCGGCAGUUGACAACGACGAAUUGAAGGUGUUGGUCGAGGCAGAUCCGCGAACAAAGAUUCGAGAGCUUGCUAUAAAGUCACCCAACAGUUCUGGACCAACUCAAGCAACUUUGAAAAUCAAAAAAGCUCGACAAAUAGAUGCCGCAUGAAUUGAAUGAAAAUAAAAAAAAUCGUUGUUAUGAAGUGUGCUCUGCGCUUCUUUUGCGCAACAACAACGAUCCAUUUCUCGAUCGCAUUGUGAUAUGUGAUGAAAAUACGAUAACAGGCGGCGCUCAGCACAAUAGUUGAAUCGCAGCGAAGCUCCACAACACUUCCCAAAGCCGAAACUGCACCAGAAGAAGACCAUAGUGACGGUUUGAUGGUCAUCAGCCGGUCUGAUCCACUACAACUUUCUGAAUCCAGACGAAAUUAUCACGGCAGAAAAGUAUUGUCAACAAAUCGACGAAAUGCACUGCAAACUGCAACACCUACGCCCGUCAUUGGUCAAUAGAAAAGGUCCUAUUCUUUUUCACGACAAUGCCCGGCCACACGCCGCACAACCGGCGCCGCAGAAACUGAAUGAAU